CCCCGCCCCCGGAGCCCGCCCGACAGCGCCAAUCGCAGCCGCGCCUGGCGGAGAAGCUGCCCCCCCCCCGCCUCUCCGCCCUCGUCUGCUGUGGCUGGACUCUGGGGCCGAGCCGCGUGACAGGUGCCCGGGGGAUGCCUCCCCCCGCCUGGCCGACAUGAGCACCGAGACAGCUUCCCAACCUCAGGCUGUUCACAGCCUCUUGGAGAAACCUGGUGCAGCAAUCCUCUGCAACAAUUGCGGCAAUCCAUGCAAAGGAGAAGUGCUAAGAGUGCAAAAGAAGUAUUUCCAUAUUAAGUGUUUUGUUUGCAAAGCGUGCGGAUGUGAUUUGGCCCAAGGUGGAUUUUUUGUAAGACAAGGAGAUUUUAUCUGUACAGUGGACUAUCAGCGACUGUAUGGCACACGGUGCCUUAGCUGUGAUGAGUUUAUUGAGGGAGAAGUGGUUUCAGCGCUGGGCAAAACCUAUCAUCCCAAUUGUUUUGUCUGUGUGGUCUGCAGGCAGCCUUUUCCUCCUGGGGACCGAGUCACUUUCAAUGGCAAAGACUGUGUCUGUCAGAAAUGUUCCCUGCCACCUGCUGGUAGCAACAUCUCUAUUCCAACCCUCCGAAAUUGUGGAAACUGUGGCUUGGAAAUAAAAAAUGGACAAUCUUUGGUGGCGUUGGACAAACACUGGCACUUGACCUGUUUCAAGUGCAAGAUAUGUGGCAAACUUCUCAGUGCUGAAUAUAUCAGCAGAGAUGGAGUUCCAUACUGUGAAGUGGACUAUCAUGCCAAAUUUGGAAUAAAAUGUGAUAAUUGUGAAAAAUACAUUACAGGAAGAGUUCUGGAAGCAGGAGAAAAGCACUACCACCCAAUGUGUGCACGAUGUGUCAAGUGCAGCCAGAUGUUUUCAGAAGGAGAAGAAAUGUACCUUCAAGGGGCUUCUAUUUGGCAUCCUGCCUGUAGACAGGCAGCCAAAACGGAAGAAAAGGCCAAGCUGCAGGAAACUAGAACCUCAUCUGAAAGCAUAAUUUCAGUACCUGCUUCAAGUACAUCUGGUUCCCCAAGUCGUGUGAUUUAUGCAAAACUUGGUGAUGAAAUCCUCGAUUACAGAGAUUUGGCUGCUCUUCCUAAGAAUAAAGCCAUCUAUGACAUAGACCGUCCAGAUAUGAUUUCCUAUUCUCCAUAUAUCAGCUACGUGACCGAUGAGAGGCACAGUUAUGUGGAGGGUGACCAUGAUGACCGACUUUCCAAACAGCACCGGAUAUCAAGCCCUAGUUCCACUAGCUCACUUGGUUAUGGUCGCAACACCCCGUCUUGCCAUUCCCCUCAGAAUUACAGCAGACCAGCUGGUACUCAGCCUCUUGGUACCAGUAGCUGCAUCUCCCUGCCCCAAUACACAAGCCUUACAUCUACAUUCAGACAUCAUUACAUCCCUUUCUUCAAAGGCAGUGAAAGUGGUCGGAGCACUCCAAGCUUAUCCAUGUAUUCAGAAAGCAAGUCUUCACCAUCUUUCUAUCAGCAAGCUCCUAGACAUUUUCAUGUUCCAGCAUCAAGAAAAUCAGAUGGUGACAGUAGUGAUCAAGACAACCAAAAGCUUAAGUCAAGUUGGCUGACUUUGAAGGAGGACGUGGAUACCAGAACCAUUUCUCCGGAUCUGGAUACUCAGUCACUCCCACAAAGUCCUGGAAUGGACAGAGAACUUCAACGGUUAAACAACAAUGCAAACUGUACCUACCUAAGGUUUCCAUAUUCCAAAUCUGCAUCACUUCCCGACUAUGGCAAGAAUGGAUUACACCAUGCUGCCACUAUGAGCCAAUAUGAUGCUGACCAGGAUGCUGCUUGGGGAAAAAGAGAAUACAAGGUAAGGAGCGUGAAGAACAGAAGAACAUCAAAAUUAUCUUCAAAUAAAAUGAAACAUGGAUAUCAAGAAAGCUGAUUUUAAGAAAUACUAGCUUGGGGACCCGGUGGUGCCCGGGUCAUUUGAGAAAGUUGUGUGCCAAGUUUAGUCCAGGUCCGAAGUUGUCUGGGUUCAGUGCUGUCUGUAUAAGGGUGAACUAACAACUCAUAGAGCAAAGGUCAAUUAGCCUGAUACCCUGCCUGUAUGCAUAAUUGGAUAUGAUGAGGCAGUGUGCCAAGUUUGGUCUAGAUCCGUCAUUGGCUGGGUUGAGUGCUGUCUGGAUAAGGGUGAACUACAACUCCCAGAGCCAAAUGCAGCUGAACUAUAACUCUAUUUCCUCCAAACUUGUAUUGGUUAUGGGGGCUUUUGUGUGGCAAGUUUGGUCCUGGUCCAUCAUCGGUGGGGUUCGAAGUGCUCAUUCAUUGCAGGUGAACUAUAAAUCCUAGUACCUACUACUCCCAAAUGUCCAGGCCAAUUCCCUUCCAAACCCACAAGUCUUCAAAUCUGGUAUGCAUGGGAAAUUUGGUCCAGAGCUAUCAUUGUUUGGGUUCAUAGUGUUCUGGGUAUAGGUGAAGUACCACUCCUAUAAAUUCCGCAGUAGGAGUCACAAUGCUCUGACUUGAUGCAGGGUAAACUACAACUUCAAUAUCACAAACUCUUCCAGUAAGUUUAGUUGCAGGUCAAUUUUGCUGUUUGUUAUACAGACAGAUUGGAAAGGGAAGGGCAGUAGUAGGGAAGGGGUCAUGCAAAUUCCACAGCAAUGGAGAACCUUGGGAUGCCUGCCUGUGGUGCAAGGGCAGUAGGCGGGGCCAUGCAAAUUUUACAGGAAUGGAGAACCCUGGGAUGCCUGCCUGUGGUGGAAGAAAAAACAAAAUGUAGGACGAAAUGGUCCCCAAAUGAAAGCAUUCCUUGGGUGGUGGUUUGUAGUGUUUGGGGAGGACAUUGGCAGGGGUUGGGCUACAUUUUCAAGGUGCUUGCUGUAACCGCAAUGUCAGUGCAAAGUAGUGACUUGCUGGCUUUUCAGGAGUGGGAAGUGUAGCCUGUUUGUGGAGGUUGGAGGCUGUCUGUGUGAGCAGACAUGUGUGCCACAUACACACAUACGGGUUUUUAAUUUUAUUAUAGAUUUAGAUUAGAUUAGAUUUAGAUUUAGAUUAGAUUAGAAGAUUAGAUUAAUCCAUACAUUAAUCUAAUACAAUCUCAGUAUUCCCCUAUCUAAUCUAAAUCUAAUCUAUAGAUUAGAUUAGAUAGGGGAAUACUGAGAUUGUAAAGUAAGAAGGGCUGGGCUUUAGCUCAGCAGGUUAAGCACGAGCUGCAAUAAAUUUUGCCAAUCAAAAGGUUGGCAGUUUGAAGCCCCGGUCGGGGGUGAGUGCCCAACCUUCAGCUCAGCUCACUGCCUAGCAGAUUGAAAACAGCUGUGAAUAGAUAAAUAGGUGCCCCUUAGUGGGGAAGUAUUUUAAUAGCACCAUAAAGGAAAUACCAGAAAAAUACCGGCAAUCAAAAAAGGAGGAAGUCUGUGAACAGGGCUCUUCUACAUGGAGGAUGGAGCAACAGCACCCCCUUCACAUGGCCAGAAUUGAGCACAACUUCCAGGAUGCCAAAGAUGGGAAAUCCCUAUAUGCUGCUAUCUGUACUGUUGUCUGUCCUGUCUACAUAUAACGGCAUUGAAUGUUUGCCUUAUAUGUGUUUUGUGAUCCACCCUGAGUCCCCUUCGGGGUGAGAAGGGCAGAGUACAAAUACUGUAAAUAAAUAAUCCAGCAAGAAUUGGAAUUCUUGAAGGACAAUUACAAAAAUCAAAUAAACAACUGCAAACAAUCCCAUUGAAGAAGAAAAUAGGAAACAUCUGAAAAAAUGUGGUUGUAUAUUAAGUGCAAACAAGAAGAGAAAAUAAAAAGAGCAUAUAGGAAAAGUGAAUGAAAGAAUCAAGCAGCAAAGAACAUUAGAAAUAUGUAGCCUAAGCUUGAAAGAACAGUAUUAAGGCUACCGUUCAACAUGAGUUGAGAGUUGCUAGGCCAGCUGAGAUUAGGAAAAAUAUAUUUUCAGAUACUUUUGAAGCAAGAGUAUGGUCAAGGAAACACUGGAACAGCUGCUCAGAACCAUUUGCUCAGAAAGAUAGUCAGGUCUCUUUCUGUGAAUGCUUUCUGAAAGAGGUUAGAGGGUUACUUGCUGUGAAUACUCUAGGUCAGUGGUUCUCAACCUGUGGGUCCCCAGGUGUUUUGACCUAAAACUUCCAGAAAUCCCUGCCAGUUUACCAGAUGUUAGGACUUCUGGGAGUUGAAGGCCAAAACAUUUGGGGACCCACAGGUUGAGAGCCACUGCUCUAGGUGGAUUGCUGUGAUUCUGUUGUUAUGAUGUAAGACUGUACCAAAUGCAUGUAACAAUUGCCAUGAGAGAUAUUUGAUUUUCUAACUGUCCUGAUUUUUCUUUUGUUAUAGGUCUAUCCGUAUGAAAGCCUUAUUGUAACAAACAGGGUUCGAGUGAAAUUACCAAAGGAUGUGGACAGAACCAGGCUGGAG